CGGGGUCGUGAUUUGUCAAUGGGACUGCUGAGGUCCGAGUCUGCUCUGAGCGUACCGUGUGUGAUGUGCCGCUGCUACUGUUUAGGGGCUUCCUGUGCUUCGCACCACCCCCUCUGCGAUUUCUCCCGCUUUCUGUUUCCUUCAGUUGCAUCCCUCCAUCUAGCUACUAUCAAUUCGCCAGCCGCAGACCGUCGACUUUCCCUUCAUUGACCUCCGCUGAUCGCGCCAUCACAGUUCCAACGCUCAACCCAGAGCUACGGUAUCUUACGCUUCUGCCCCGCUUAGCCAAGCGCGCAACUAGCCCCUACGUCAUAACCGUGUUCGCCAUGUCGACCGACUUAGAAAAAGUUCCCCAGCAGGAGCCCGCUAGCGCGCCCGUCGCCGCGGCUACCAGCGUCGCCGAAAUUCCGGCGCCCGAUCGCCCUCAGAAGACGGAGGACAGUGCGGCAGGGGUCGCGGCCGAAUCCGGCCCGGCUCCCACAGCGAACGACGGUGCUGAAGGAGGAGCGCAGGAAGAGCCCAAGCCGGCGUCCGUGGAAGCCGCCGAGCCAGCAACGGUGGCCACUGCGCCUCAAGCAUCCGAGCCCAAGGAGACGAACGGCGCCGCCAAAGAACCCGUUACCGAGAAACCGGCGGAGAUCGAACCCGAGGCCUCAAAGCCGGCAGAAAUCGCGACUGCAACCGGCGCCAAUGGCGAGUCCAAAUCCUCCGCCGCAGAGGACAAGGACACCGAGAUGAAGGAGCUCCCCGCCCCGUCAUCCGCGGAGGAAACGACCAACGAUAACAACAAGCGCAAGGCCGAAGAGGUUCUCGAAUCCGACGCCAAUGCCGCGGCUGACGACGUCGCUGGGGCUAAGAAGGCCAGGACAGUUGCCGUUUCGGACGAGACCACUGAGACCGAGGUCGCCGGAACCCCGGCAGCGGAGACGAAUGGGGGCGAGACAGAGAAAGCCCCACCCACACACGCCAAGAAGGAUGGCCGGCCGAGGAAGCAGUCCGGCAGGGCGGCUGCUGCGGCCGCGGCUGGUGCGCCGGUCGGGAGGACCCUGCGGAAGACUCGGAGUCAAGGGCCUCCGGAGGUUUAAUGGUAAGGAUGCGAACGAUACAGUGAAUGGUGAAGUUUGUGUGUCGAUUUUUUUUUCCUUUCCGGCUCUGGGAUGAGGGAUGGUUGGUUGGCUUAGAAUCGGCGGGAUAGUGAUGCUUUCUGUGUUUUCGCCUUGUUCCUGUCUGCGCUGCUGAUUCGUCGUUGUUACUGUCAGAUUCUGGAUUGAUCCAAAUGAGACUUUGUAUACUGGCUUUACGAGAAAAGCCGUUUAUGUUAGUUGACAUGGCGUUCAAGAUCAAGUCUUCAAACUAAGGUACUGC